AUGGCCAGUCACAUCUCUCACGAUCGUGACCGUGAUCGUCAACAGUCACACCAAGUCCAAGUCCACACCAUCGGUAGCCAACCACAUGGACGGUUCGACAUCCACGGUGGAGAUAAGUCACGCUUUGACUACCAACAAGGUGGUCAAGGACCAUCAAAGAGCAAAAUCUUGGCUGUUGUGGCUUUACUUCCUAUUGGUGGGGCCUUACUUGGUCUAGCCGGGAUUACCUUAGCUGGGACCAUGAUAGGGGUUGCUAUAGCAACCCCACUUUUUAUUCUGUUCAGCCCGGUACUUGUCCCGGCUAUCCUAGCCAUUGGAUUAGCAGUGGCUGGGUUUUUAACAUCCGGGACAUUCGGGUUGACUGGUUUGAGUUCAUUAUCUUACCUGGUCAACUAUCUUAGACAGUUGACCGGGUCAGUGCCAGAGGAAGUCGAUGCCGCUAAAAGGCGGCUUCAAGAUCUUGUGGAGUACACUGGACAAAAGACUAAGGAUGUUGGUCAGACCAUUCAGGACAAGGCUCAUGACAUCGGAUCCGAGGGUCAGGUUCAUGGUGGUGCAAAAGAAGGACGUGGUACAAGGAGUACUUAA